ACCUUUUCCCUUCACCUUUUAUCUCCUCGUUCUGAGAGAACAUACUUUUUGGGACGCGAAAUUUCUUGCGCUCGAAGCAUUCCCGGAUUCUGUCGUUCCUCUUUUUCUCAGGUGAGUUCGCAAGUUGAUGGACUUCGGAUUGAAGAAUUCGAGCGCUCGCUCAGUUCUACAAGUCCGUAUAUGACCGAUAGUUGUUGCGGGGGUGGAUCGAUCAUUCCCUCGUCGAUUUUGAUCUGGAGGAGGUAUGCUUGUAGCGACCAUUUGAAGAUCGGAUUUGAGUGGAAUGGGAGGAAGAUGGAAGCUGGCCGGGUUCCAUUUGCGGAAGGUGUUGUGCGUGGUCCUGAUCAUCCACCUCUUCACCGAUGAAUGCUUGUCGAUUAACCUCGAAGGGUUGGCUCUGUUGCAAUUCCGGUCGAGAGUGGAAUCCGAUCCGUAUGGGGCAUUGGCAAACUGGAACCCCGGGGACAACAACCCGUGCAAUUGGACUGGCGUCCAUUGUCUUGAUGGUAAAGUAGUGACGCUGAACCUAAAAGAAUUUUCUUUGCGAGGCAUUUUGGCACCCGAGAUUGGAAAGCUGAGCCACCUGAGAACUGUUGUGCUUUACAAGAACAAAUUUUCUGGAGUCAUCCCCAAGGAAAUCGCAGGAUUAACCAUGUUGGAGCUGUUGGACUUGAGGAAUAACAUGCUAAAUGGAAUAAUUCCCAAGGAGAUAGGAGAAAUGCUAUCUCUGAAGCAUCUUCUGCUUUGCCAUAACAAAUUUCAAGGCAACACACACUGGAUUGAAAAUCCUGACUUGCACUUUGAUCUGAUGCAUGAUCAAAACCUUUCAUGCAACAAAGCUAAUGAUUUGGGACAUGUAAACCGCAAAGUUGGGAAUUGCUUCGGGGAAACUGGCUGGCAAAAACUGAAGAAAAUUAACUCCUUUCUGGUGCUGCUUAAUGGAAAAAUCAUACAAAUAUUUGAUACACCAAACAUAAGACUUUUGCCUUCAAGCAUCAGAUCUAAGGGACUUUCAGAUGGAAAUGAAAAAAGAAACAAUAAUCUGGCCACUGGUUUUGGCGGGCCAUAUGUAUUGUCAAAUGUACAUGAACAUACUGUUCGGCGUAGGCUGGCUGAAGAAACCAGGAAUCUCCAUGCUGCUCCUGGAAGUGAUGGCCCUCUAAAUCAAGUUGUCAGUGUUCCACCCACUGCAAGUGGUUCAUUUCCUGCAAUAAGAGAUAAAUCCAAACUAAAGCCAUCUCUAUCUCCUAUAUCUCCAAGCCUGCCACCCGUUUCUCCAUCUAUAGCUCAUCCUGAAUCAACACCAACUUCUGUGGUGAAUGAUCUUACAUCAAGUAGAAGAUCUGCAAUGUGGAAAUACAUUCUUGUUCUGCUUGUGGCUGCUUUAUUUCUUGCACUGGCAACAUGCAUAUUUUUAGUUUGCCACAGCAAGGGUGUGGCCACAAUAGGUCCGUGGAAAACUGGUCUAAGUGGUCAGUUGCAAAAGGCAUUUGUAACAGGGGUACCAAAACUAAAGUGCUCGGAGCUAGAAGCUGCUUGUGAGGAUUUUAGCAACAUCAUUUGCAGUCAUCCAAAUUUCAUCGUCUAUAAGGGAACAUUAUCAAGUGGGGUUGAGGUGGCAGUGGUGUCAACCAGUAUCACAUCUGUUCAUGAUUGGUCAAAGCAUUCGGAAAUGCUUUUCAGGAAAAAGGUAGAUACACUGUCUCGUAUAAACCACAAAAAUUUUGUCAAUCUCCUUGGUUACUGUGAAGAGGAUGUGCCUUUUAUGAGAAUGAUGGUCCUUGAAUAUCCGCCGAAUGGUACAGUUUAUGAGCAUCUUCACGAAGAAUUUGAGAAUCUUGAGUGGAGUGCUCGGAUGAGGAUAAUUAUGGGAACGGCCUACUGUCUCCAGCACAUACAUGAGCUGACCCCACCCAUAUCGCAUCCCAACCUGCUGUCAAGCACCAUCCUCAUAUCAGAAGAUUUUGCUGCCAAGGUGGCAGAUUUUAAUGUUUGGAAAGAAAUUAUUGCCAAGGGGAAGACACACGGAGCUGAAGAUCUUGAUGACUCUGAAACCGUGUCUGCUGAUCCUGCAAGCAAUGUAUAUAGUUUCGGUAUCCUGUUGUUAGAAAUAGUUUCUGGAAAGGUUCCACAUACCGGAGAACAAGACUCCCUUUUCAACUUGCUGAAACAACAGGCUGCAGAGUACGCGAAUGGCGACGGUGGCAUCGACUCAUUGCUUGAUCCUGCUUUGAAAUCCCACAAAGAUGAGGAACUGCGUAUCAUCUGUGAGGUCAUCCAAGAAUGCGUCAAUCCCGAUCCGUGCAAGAGGCCAACCAUGAAGGAAGUUGCCUCUAAAUUGAGUGAAGUGAUCUCGAUUACACCAGAAGCUGCUACGCCAAGACUUUGUCCGCUUUGGUGGGCAGAACUGGAGAUUCUGUCUGUCGAAGCGACUUAAUCUGGGAGUCGAAUCUCUUUGUAGAAUCAUCGUCAAAUUUGUGUAUAUCCAUGGUUAUCGUCUGGAGAUUGACCGUCCUUUCUUUUAGCCAGAGUGAUCCGUUCUAAAUUAGGGAUCUUGUGCAAUCUGUAAGCUUUGCGAGAGAUCAGAUGUUGGGUCUGGAUUACUAUGAACAUGAAUGUGUGUAAUCAUUGUACGUCCGAUUACUGCAGCUUGGUGCAUGAAUUCUCUUCUUUUAAA